UUUUGGUUGUCAAACUCAGUAUUUCUGAGUAUCAAUUUUAUGUUUCAUAACUGGAAUUUUUGUUCCCUGUUUUGAUUGAAAUUAUUCGCAUUUUUUAUUAAAAUGCUAUUGAAUUCUUAAAUUUCUAAUUUGUCUUUACAUUUAUGGCUUCAAGCUUUUUAACUCAUCCUGGGGAAUGGAAAUUAUCUAUUCCUGACGCUAUUGAAAUUGAUGGUGUAACUUUUUAUAAACUAAAUGUGAAGAUUGGUGCUGUGAAAUGGACAGUUAAACGAAGAUACACAGAUUUUUCUGACUUACAUAAAGCUUUAGUACUUAAUCAUGGAGUUUCAAAGGAAAUACUUCCUAGAAAAUUAUUAUGCCUACUCAAAAAUGACAAAUUUAUUGAAUCCAGAAGAUUAGGCUUGCAAAAGUAUAUUACUGAUGUAUUGAGGUACUUAUCGAACACUAUGCCUCCAGUUCUUGUCAGUUUUUUAGAAAUGGAUAAAUAUGAUCUAUGGUUCUUGCUGAAAGAUCUUUCCUAUAGAAUUAAAAAUAAUGGAUGGAUAGAAAGUCCACCAAUUGCUUGUGAGAUUAGCAUCAUUGAGGCAAGCACUAUUAGUGAAAGACUUAAAUUACCAAGUCCUCCCGCUGGUAUUCUAAAUAGUCAGGAAGAAUUCAGUACAGUUCUAGAAUUUUGUGGGUUUUUAAAACAAGUAUACAUUAAAGGGGAAACUAAUGACUACAUUGGGACAAGCAACAUCUGUAGCCAGCAAUUAACCUUUGAAUUAUCAAGUUUUAAGUGUCUUGAUUGUCUUAUACUAUCUAAUAUACGCAUCACCAAUUUGAGGAAAGCUGAUGAAGCUAGACGCCAGAUCAAAUAUUUAACAGUGAAUAGUUGUAAGAUUGAGAGGUUAGCAGAGAUAUUACUAUGUGAUCAUCUGCACUUAGAUUGGAAACAGAUUAGUUCAAUUCAAGUGUGGAGUGCUUUAGAAAAACUUGAUGUGCAGCAUAACAAUAUUGUUGACAUUGAUUCUGGCCUAGAAAUGAUAGAAUCUAUUAGUGAAAUGAAUGUCAGCAGUAACAAUAUUGAAAGUUUAGUAAAUAUUUCAAAGCUAAGAAACCUCAAGAUCUUGUCAGUCUCACACAACAACUUAACCUCCAUUAGUGAUUUGGACCUUCUAUUUCUGACUAAAUUGAACAUUUCAAACAAUAAAAUAAAAAGUUUAGUUGGAAUAGAACAACUCUCUUCUUUGGAAACCUUAUAUGUAUCAUUUAAUUUAAUUGAAGAAUUUGAAGAAUUAGAUUCUUUAAGCAAAUUGGUAAAAUUAAUCAAUGUUGAUUUGGUGGGUAACCCAAUAUCACAGAAAACAGAUUAUCGUACAAAAGUACUGAUUAAAUUUGGCACAAGAGCAUCUGAUGUGUGUUUGGAUAAUGAAGUUACUACUAAUCAUGAAUUGGAACUAUUAGCUGUUGUUCAAGCCAUUAAUUUUGUUCAAAAAGGUAAAUUUCCUUCAUAUACCAAAAAUCUUUCCCUAAGCCAUAUUUAACUCUAAAGUGUAUUAUUUAUUAUGUUAUUUGUUAUUUAUUUAAUGAAAUUUACAACUGUAUAAACAAUACAACUAGUAAAAAUGCACACAUUAGAAAUAAUGGCAUGAACAGACUUGAAGAGAUACUGCCCAGUGGUAGCAUUCCCUAUUUAAUUCUAGGUAAGAAGGUCACGAGGCCAUCUUUUCAGACGCCUAGGAGGAUUAUCAGGAAUCAAGGAAGAAGCAAGGCUGGAAACAACUGGAUUCGGAUUGGACUGGAGUUUAUCAUGAAAGGCUCGGGCUAAAUCAGCACCAUUUUUAUUAUGUAUAUAAAUAAUCUAUGAUUUCUAAUUUAUUUUUUUAUGUUUUCAAAGUUUAUUGAAUUAUUAAUAAAUAUUCAAGUAAUGUUAGAUUUUAAAAAUAAAAUAUAUUUUUUUUUAAU